UGCGCAUCAAAGCAAAAUAUAAACAUUAGUGACACACAUAACAAUGAAGUGUUGAGAGCAACAACAGUACUUUCUUCAUACGAGUUCUCAAUCUUUCCCCUAMRCAAUGUUUUUGGCUUACGCCCUAUUUGUGUUUACCGCGCUGAGCGUUGCCACUACACAGGAGCAAAACACCGAACAGYUAUAUGGUGACAUUUACUAUGAGAUCGGUAGCUUUUCUCUACGCUACAAUGAUCCAGGGGAAAGCGGUAACCGCUGUCUGCGUGAGGUGCCCGCACGUUAUUUCCAAACCGCGCCUGAUGCGCCCAUCAUCGGCAAUGGCUCCACCGUUCACUGGCAACGCAUCGAGGUGUGCUGCGAAGGGUACACACGCUCGCGAUUCGUUGGUGAUCAAUGCGUACCGGAUUGUUCGGCUGUCUCACCAAACAACUGUCGUAACGGUUUCUGCCGUGYGCCCAACCAAUGCGAAUGCUUUCCGGAGUUCGUACGCAACCAGCGUGGCGAAUGUGUGCACACUUGCCCGAUUGCCUGCGAAAGCGGACGUUGCUUCUUAAAUGGCACCUGCCAGUGUGAUCCUGGUUACACGUUGGAUUUGGAGACGAGGAAGUACUGUCGCCCCAAGUGUCCGCAAAAGUGUGGCACACAUCAGGAAUGCAUUGCGCCGGGUAGGUGCGCCUGUGCGGAGGGCUACAAAAUGACGCCGGAUUUGGGCUGCCAACCGGUUUGUAUACCCGAUUGUGGGCAUGGCAAAUGUGUGGGCCCGAAUAAGUGCGAAUGCUUUCAAGGUUACCAUAAGCGGCCUUUGCGAAAUGUGUGCGAAGCCGAUUGCUAUAUAAGCUGCGAAAAUGGUUUCUGUGAGUCGCGCAAUAACUGUCAGUGUCGGGAUGGUUACAAAUAUGAUGUGGACACCACCAGUUGUUUGCCGGAUUGUGGUGACAGUUGCCGGGGUGGUGUUUGCAUUGGACCUGGAGUGUGCAGAUGUUUCGAGGGCUAUGAGUAUAGAGAACCCGGUUGUGAACCGAUAUGCAAGACCAACUGUGGAUACUAUGGCGAAUGCCUAGAACCUGGAGUUUGUGGUUGCAGGCGAACUGGGCAACUUUGUAGAUCGGGAAUUUGCGACCCAAGCGGGCAUUGCGUUUGUCCGAUUGCGUUGACACACUUCAUAGACAGAUGCGUAGAUUCAAACCAACUCUAUGAGCUGGUGAGCGUCAACGAGCAGUACUUCAAUCGGCUGUUGUGGCGUGAAUUCAAGACGCUUAUAGGACGUCACUUCCUUUUCAAGCAAUAAAACAACUAUAUAAGUUAUACGUUUAUUAAUAUAAAUAUAUAUUUUGCCUUUUUUU